AUGGACGCCAACGACCGCGUAGCAUCCAAUCGCAGCCCCCGCGAAACUGGUCAGGUUCCCCCACCGCCUUCGCGUGCAGCCCAGCCAAAUGCUUCGCAGUAUGCUGGUGGCGGCUAUGUGUACGAUAGUCAAGGGGCAAGAGGCACUACAGAGCCCAUUCCCUCGCACCAGAAUAGCCUACAUAAUCUGGGCUACCCCAGCAAUCCUUAUGGAGACGAUGUGUACCAGAGUUAUUAUUCAAAUUCAUCCCGGAGCGUUGACCGCCGCUUGGGCGAGGUCAACCCGAACGAGAUCGAGGACGAUGGCGAUGACGGUCUGAAUUACCAUCCGCGGUACAGUCAGAGAAAUUCAAUGCUUAGUUCGUUGCAUAACUCAGACCGCGGAGCUCGGUCUGGUGCUGCCGCGGCCGGUACCGCUGGUGGAGUUACAAUGGGUGGACUAAUGGGCCGCCGUCACGAGGGUGAUCCCGAAUACAACCUUGCAGAGGGUGUCGAAAAGAAGCGUGGGAAGAAAGACGGCUUGAGCAAGAGGGGCAGGUGGAUCAUCAUUAUUGGUGUUGCACUUCUCAUCAUUGGUGUCGUCGUCGCCGGUGUGGUCGGCGGCAUGGUUGCCAACAACAAGAAACAGGGCGACGACCAUUCCACCGCAGAAUCGGCUAAGGAGGACGCCAAGUCCAAUGGCGACCUGGACGCUGACAGCAACGAAAUCAAGGAACUACUCAACAACCCAGAUCUACACAAGGUCUUCCGCGGUAUGGAUUACACACCCCUGAACGCGCAGUACCCAGAUUGCGUCGAGAACCCUCCGUCACAGAACAACAUUACUCGGGACAUAGCGGUGCUGAGUCAGUUGACCAACAAGGUCCGACUCUAUGGCACUGACUGUAACCAGACUGAGAUGGUCCUUCACUCCAUCAAGAAGCUGAAACUGGAGGACGACGUCAAGGUCUGGUUGGGCGUCUGGCAAGACGGCAAUGCGACAACAAGCAAGCGCCAACUUCAACAGAUGUGGAAUAUUCUCGACGAGUAUGGUCAGGAUCAGUUUGAGGGUCUCAUUGUUGCUAAUGAGAUUCUCUUCCGUGAGGAGAUGACGAUUACCGAGCUCGGCAACGUGCUCGAUGACGUCCGUUCCAACCUGACGAAACGCAAUAUGGACUUGCCGGUCGCCACAUCGGAUUUGGGCGACGACUGGACAAAGGCGCUGGCUGCCAAGAGCGACUACAUCAUGUCCAACAUCCAUCCCUUUUUUGCAGGAACGCCCUCCGAUAAUGCUGCGGCUUGGACCAUGAGCUUCUGGGAGAAUAACAACGGUCCUAUGUUCAAGAGUGACAAGCAAAAGAACAUCAUCUCCGAGACUGGGUGGCCCACGGGUGGCGGCACUAACUGCGGCACUGAUGCGGUCACGAAGUGUGCCAAAGGUUCCGUAGCCAGCGUUGACGGUCUCAACCAGUUUCUGGAGGACUUCGUCUGCCAGGCCCUCAAAAACGGAACAAAUUACUUCUGGUUCUCAGCCUUUGACGAACCUUGGAAGAUUCGCUACAACGAAAAAGGAAAGAACUGGGAGGACAAGUGGGGACUUAUGGACGUCAACCGCAACAUCAAAGAUGGCGUUAAGAUCCCCGAUUGCGACGGCAAGGAAGUCCCAGCAUGA